CUUAUCUUAUGAGAAGUGUGGCAAGUGUUCUAGUCCCAAAAAAAAAAAAAACAAAAAAACAAAAUGAUUAAUUUGUAAAAGCGUGAAGACUAUUUUUUUUUUUUUUUGUGGUAACAUAGAUGCUCUCUCUUCCCUUCACUUUUCUCUACCUCUUUGCCUUGGGAGCCUCCUCCACCCAUUCUACUCCUAUCCAUCUCAAUAAUGGCUGUUGUGAGAUAUGGACAGUUGUGGUGGCGGAUAUGCCAUAACAUCAUCUAGGUCUCCUUUCCGCUCAUCAUCUCUCUCUCGAUCUCGAUCUAUUAUGUGGUGGUAUCAGCGGUACAAUGACAAUUCCUAUUUCAUCUUCUACUUGUAGUUGUUCAUGAGUCUCACUUUCUCUUUUCUUCCCUUUCUUUCUUUGUUUUAUGUUGGAUACCAGCAGCCCACCAAUGAUCUAGUAGUGAUUGCAAGUGUUCUAAAACAAAGGGACAACCAGAUUCAAGUGUGGCUAACCACAUGCCCCUAUACAUGCUGAACCAGUUGGAAGUUCAAUACUUGCAUGACUAUGCGGGGAUAAGAACAAGAAUUGGGUUGACGGCGAACCCCAUCGUCAACUUCUCAGGUGUGUUGGGGAGCAAUGUUAUUGCACUGGGGACUGAUGUCUCAUUUGACACCAAAACAGGGGAAUUCACCAAGUGUAAUGGAUUGAGCUUUUCCAAUGCAGACCUUAUUGCUUCAUUGACCCUGUUGCAAAUUACUCUCCCCGUUGAUGUGGAGUUGGGACUAGAUAGACUGGAUAUAAACAACAUUAGUGAUAGGUGUUUCAAAAAACCCCAUGAAACCCAAUAGCUUGCUCUGUGUGCCCACCCAAGUUGCAAAAACUUGGUCCACAUAAUUGGUUAGCUGUGUUUGUUUGUUUGAUGAGAAAAGCUCUUCUCCACGUCUCUGUAUCUUCUGUAUGAAAUGAAAGUAGUGGUGGUAAAUUGGUAAUGAUGUGAAAUUGUAAAUUCAUCUCCUUUGGCAAGUAAUGCCAACCAUUUUAUUAGGUCAACCCACGUGUUGGAAAUAUGUAUAUAUAUAUAUAUUCAUCCAUUUUGAUCAUUUUACUUGUUCCCCAAUCACAUCCAUGAAUUUGGUUUGAAGUUUCAACUAUGCAUUCAUGUUAGACAAGCCAACCAUAAUUUAUUUCUUUAUUAUCUAUUUAUAUUUACAUUUUAAAUAUCAUCUCAUACGUAAUUAUAACAUUAAUAUAAGUCCUAAAUAAAUCUCAUUCAGCUUGUUU